GAAGCGACCCGGGACCGGCUCCGGGAUGGGGAGUGAAGCCCCCGGAGCCGCGGCGGCGGCGGCGGCGGCGGCGGCGGCGGCGGCGCCUUGAGGAGCAGCCACGGGGAGGCAGCUGCCGCUCGUCGGUGAGUAUCUGGGAAGCGCCACCAUGACGUUUCGUAAGAAGGGCACCAAGAACCCCCCAGUCCUGAGCCAGGAAUUCAUCCUGCAGAAUCAUGCGGACCUUGUCGCCUGUGUGGGGAUGUUCUUCGUGCUGGGGCUCAUGUUCGAGGGAACAGCAGAAGUGUCGAUCGUUUUUAUUACUCUCCAGCACGGUGUUACCUUCCCUGCCGAAGAAGCAGAAGAAAGAGCCACAGCACCUAAGUUCCUGUAUCAUUAUGGUGCCAAAGAUUUGGCCACAGUGUUCUUCUACAUGCUGGUGGCAAUCAUCAUUCACGCCACUAUUCAAGAGUAUGUCUUGGAUAGAAUUAACAGGCGAAUGCAGUUCCCCAAACCGAAACAAAGCAAAUUUAACGAAUCUGGUCAGUUUAGUGUAUUCUUCCUGGUCUCUUGUAUUUGGGGCACCUUCAUUCUACUCUCUGAAAACUGCCUGUCAGACCUGUCUCUCUUAUGGAGGGCUCAUCCCAAUAACAUGAUGACAUUUCAGAUGAAGUUUUUCUAUAUCUCACAGUUGGCUUACUGGUUUCACGCCUUUCCUGAACUCUACUUCCAGAGAAUCAAACCUCAAGAUCUCUCCCAGCAAGUUGUCUACGUUGGUCUUCACCUCUUUCACAUUGCGGGAGCUUACCUCUUGUACUUGAAUCACCUGGGACUUCUUCUUUUGAUGAUGCAUUAUUUUGUGGAAUUCCUUUCUCACUUUUGCGACCUGUUUUAUUUUAGCGAUGAAAAGUACCAGAAAGAGUUUUCUCUGUGGGCCAUUGUGUUUAUUUUGGGUCGACUCGUGACUUUAAUAGUUUCUGUGAUCACUGUUGGUUUUCACCUGGCUGGAGGGCAGAAUGGGAAUUCGGAUGGCACUACCGAAGAUGUGAACGUGUUGGCAGCUAAAAUUGCUGUUCUGUCAUCCAGUUGCACUAUCCAAGCAUACAUAACAUGGAAUUUAUUUAAUGUUCAGCUUCAGAGGUGGAUGGAAGAAGAUGCUCCUCUUCAGGCCCCAAGUGUGAAGAAGAAACGGACCAAGGGCAGGUUUUCUAGAAAAGGAACAGAAAACGGUGUGGCAACUUCAAAUAGAGUAGACUCUCCCCAUAUGAGGAAAGAAAAAUCUUCAUAAUGAAUUGCAAGUUAAUUGACUAAUGUCUCUAAAGAAGUCUGCUCUUUACUAUAAGAUACCUUUCUUCGCUGGAGACUUUUCUGUUCUUGAAAAUAGUCUGUGCUUUCCUUGAUUUCUGCUACUGUACUGUGUAAUGUAUUUUUUUAAAAGGCAUUUGAGGGGAGGAUGAUUAUUAUGAGUGGAAAAAUAUUUAGUUUAGACUAAGCUACUCAUCAUCAACAUGGUUUAGGGAUUGCUAUAUUUCUUUUUUUACCUUUGAACAUUUUCCUAAUUUGUAGAGAUAACUCCAAAACUCCACGUAUCAGUGACACAGUUCUUGCUCCCACCAAUCUUUUGUAACGUUAACAAGAUGGUCUUUUAUAGCAAUGACAUAUUUUUAAUGUUCUCUUCUAGGAUAAAAUAGAAAGAUUAUAAAUCUGGAAGUCAACUUCAUUAAGUUUUCCGUAUUCCCUAAUUCUUAGAAUGUUUUUUUUUUUGAAUUGACAAGUGGAGAAGAGAUUUGUAAAACCACCAAAAUAAUGAUGUGUUUUACAGGUAGUGGUUGUUAGUGUUACAUCCCACUUAAAAAACCAAGAUACUAAUGGUUAACAUGUGGAGACUUAUUGCCAUAUAUUGAAUCAAAAUAUCUUGAAUCAACAUUAUUACUAAGAGGUAAAAUCAUACUUGUCCAUUUUAAACACUUGUAAACUGGAAAUCAGAAAAUUAAAGACUGUAAAAAGGAAAUCAGACUUAAAUAGCUUUUUUUGAUAUGUGUAUUAAAAAUUAUUCUUCAUGAGGUUUGUAGUAAGUUUGGUAUCCACAGCAUCUUAGAAGAAUAUUGUUUAACCUGUAAAUCAUUUUGAAAAAUAAUGCUUACUUGAUUUAUAUCUAUAAAAAGAAUGUCAUCUAAUU